CAACGUCGCUUUAAAAUUUCGAUGCCUUUUUGCAAUUCUGGAAAAUAUUUAUCGUUGUUAUUCUAGAAACAAUUUGUAAUGUAGCAAAAAUGAUAAAUUUGAACUCCGCCGUUUACUACAUCAUUGCAGGAGAGUGGGGGUUCGCGCGUAAACUGCCAAAUGACAGGUAGGUACUUGAAGGGAAAAAUUCAGGUACAUAUUUAAAUUCUAUUCGUAUGGUUCGAUGAGUGAAGUUGAUCAUAUUUUUCUUGAAGUUGAAGUUGGAAAUGAACUUUUGUGUCCUGUGAAAACAAAUUUGUCUUUGGAAAUUUCGAAAAUGUCUUGCUGGGAAACAUUCAUCCUACCAACGAAGAUAGCACUGUCCACCGUUGAAAAACUUGAGUACUGCCAAGAGGACGACCUUCAAAAAUUGGUGGUGAUAGAAAACCUAAUGAAACAAAAUGAGAGUGUCCACAGACGUGUAGAAGACAUCAGAUAUUAUGCCAGUACUGAAUCGAAAACAUCAUCGAUUCAAACGAAAAAUUGGCGAUUCUAA